CAAUACUACUAAGCUAAUAUUUAUCCUUCAUUAUAUGCAGUUGCAACCAUGAAAAUUAAUGCUUUGAUCAAAAAAAGUAAUAAUGUAAGUUGGUUGAUGGUAAAGAAUACAUUGGAAAAGAAAAGCGCUAUGGAUAUUGUGUAAUUGACGCUAUUAAGUAUGACUUAAUUGACUUCUGUAAAAGUGAUUAUGAGCCUGUUUGUAUAUCUUAAGAUAGAAAAAGCUGUAUAAAAGUUUAAAACAGUAAUCACAUAGUAGCUACAUUAGAUUCAGGAAAUAUCUGUAUAGAAUUGAAAUAUAUUAAACAAGGCUUUUGUUAGGAUUUGUAUGGUCGAAUUAAAUUAGGUCAAGCAAAAUAAAAUGUAUCAGUAUUAUUUUUGUGCAAUUAUUUAGAAGGUGGAUAAUUUAGAAAGUGUAAAUAAAAAAAAUCCUGUUAUUUAGUGGGUAAAAAUAAAUGCUUAGAUCUAAAUCAAGUGGAUGGAAUUACUUCUCUUGGAUUUUGCGUCUUUUAAAAUUAAUUCUAUCUUCACAAAGUAUAUUGUAAUGAUAGUUUAUGCCAAAUUAAAAACUCUUUAGACUAGUACGCUUGUAUAAGUUAUUCGAAUUCUGACAUUUUUGGAAAGACUGGUGAUAAUUAGUGCAUUUAUCAAGGAUAAUAUUUUCCAAAAGAACAUUUGAUAAAUUGUAAGCCAUAAUAUUGUAUUUUUUAAGAAAAUUAAUAAAAAAAAAGAAAAAAUAUCCUUUUAUUUUAUAACAAAAUACUUGCACUUCAUAGUAGAUGCAUUUUAUAUCAAUAAAAAACACUAAUUUAUUCCCAUAAAUCUUUUAGGUAUUGCUUCAAUGGUGUUUAUUGCGUUUAAAUGUCUUAAAGUCCUGGUAAAUUAAAUAAUUAAAAUUGUGCUGCAGCAAAUUAAUAUUAUAAUGAUUUGGAAUCAUGUGUCUAAGGUUAUUGCAUUAAAUAAUAAUCUGGAUCUGGAGCAAGAGGUUGCUUUCCUUUAGAUGGAUCUGAGAGUGCAAUUGGAAUAGACAAUAGUGGUAAUUGUAUUGAUUCUAGUAUAGCUGCAUCUAGUUGUUAUAAUUCAUUUGAUAUUUGUAAGGAUUAUUAUACCUCGAAAUGUACUAGAAUUAAUUCAAAUUCUACAUUCAAUAAUAUUUGUAUUUUAAAUGGAAUUUGCUAUUAAAUGUCAUUUAACUAUUAUGUUGGUAGAGAUAAUAAGUAUUAGUGCUUACAAAACUAAUAGUAAAGUGCCUAUGGAUUACUAAAUUGCUAUGAUUCUACUUAUAUAUGCAAAACAAGUAAUCUUUUGAUCUGUGUUUACUAUUUAGGUGAUUCUACAUAUUUAGGAAAAAUUUCUAGUACAGGAAUUUGUGCAUAAAUUGGUGCUAAAAUAUCAACGAGCGAUUUUUAAAGUAUUAUCAACUUGAAUCUAAAUUAUUGUUAAGAUGAUUCGUACACAAUUUAGCUUAUACUUCCUGUAUAUGCAGGAAGAGAUUAAUGUGCUUAAUUGCCAAUUGUUUGUUUUGAUGGUAUUAAAUUAGUAUGUUAAUAAACUGUGGAUUAUGGAUUAGUUGGUAAUGGAUGUUCUUAAGGAGGUAAUUGUUAAUCAAUGUCAUCUAUAUUUAUUGGUAGAGAUACUAAUUAUAAAUGCUUUUAUUAAGAUUAAACUCCUUAAAGUGGUACUAUUGAUAAAUGUUUUAAUGAUACCUAAACUAUUUGCUUAACAAGUGACAAGAAAUAAUGUAUCUUGUAUGCUAAAUCUUCAUAGUAUUUAGGGUGUAUUCAAAGUACUGGAAUUUGUGCUUAAUUAGGUUAACAAACUUCCAAUUAGGCUCUUUAAAUUAUUGUUAAUUUGAACAAAGGAUAUUGCUAAGAUAAUUAAUUUAGAAUUUAAUAAUUGUUACCUCCAUAUGUUGGAAGAGAUUCAGUAAACUAAUUAUGCCUGUAAGAAACAUCAUAGUCCUCAUAAAUUGAAUUUUGUGUUUAAGGAUAUUGUAUUGCAAAUAAUAAAUGCUAACCUGUUGGUUUUGAUAAAAAACUUAUUGCUAAACUUUCAAAUUAACAAUGUGGUUUAGAUUAAACAUCCACAGCAAUAGAAUGUGCUUAUUAAAGUUUGGAUGUAUGUAUGGAUAAGACAAUAAUGGAAACUGCUUAUAAAGAGGCUAAAUAACAUAUA